ACUACAGACGGCUGCUUUUCAAUACCGUUCACGUUUAAAAUGGUUUCCAAGAGAACUAUGAGGAAGCGCUGCGUAUUUUGUGAAAUCGCCAAUGGAACAGAUGUUGAGGCAGAAAUAAAAGAUGAGGUAUGCGAGGUUUUCAAUGACCACAAAUAUCCGCAUGCCAGAUAUCAUUUUUUAUGUGUUUUGUUUGCGACAAAAUGGGAUCUUCCGAGAAUUUUAUGUACGUUUCAUGCUAUCGUUUUUAAUAGUCUCAGUUUCGGAUUCCAUAGGCCUCCCUUUAACUCCAUACAUCACCUGCACAUGCAUAUUGUUGGGCCGGUGACUGAAAUGCGCUACCACAUAGCCUUCGAUCCACGUCUAUUCAUCUUCAUUCCUGUAGGUUCAUCUGUUCAUGUUGUACUCAUAAGCAUACAGGUUGAUAAAGCUAUUAGGAGGAUUCAAGGGAAAAAGGCUUCGCGUUUACAUCCAAACCAGAACGACUGA